GCUGGCACCGCCUCCGCCGGCACCGAGAGCGGGUCGCUGCGGCGGGGGCAGCCCCGCCUCUGCCGUGCGGCGUUGCCAUGGGUGGAAAAGCCGGGGUGUUGUCACGUGCUCUCCCUAGUAAAAGAAUCAUGGGAUGGUUUGAGCCGGAAGGAACCUUAAAGAUCGUCUCGUUGCUGCCCUCCUCUGAUUGGGGGCAUCUUGUUUGCGAUAGGUAGCGUUGCUUGUUUAUUUCCCGAUGGCAUUGUCAAACUCAGUCACUACUUGUCUUUCUCCACCUGUGCAUUAUGUGAUUUGCAAACUUGGAUUUGAAAAAGAAGACAUCUAUGAUAUUAGUAACAUUUUGUCUGAAAAUGGUGAAAUACUUUGGCAAGCUGUUACAAAGCAUGUGUGUUACCUUGAAUCAGAUCAAAGUGUGGAUUAUAUCAAAAGCAUACGAUCCUUAGGACCUGUAUGUGAAUCUGUUAAUUUGCACUUCAAAUCUCUGACCAAGGAGCAAUUUGUAAUUCAGUAUGCGUUGUGGUUCCACUGGACAAACUAUGCAGAGUUAUUUCUUGAAGUAUUUGAGGUUCUACAAUAUUCACAAACUACAGAAGUUGCUCUUGGCUUAAUGAAACUAACAUCAUGCAUGGAGCGAGCCUUGGGUGAUGUAUAUUUGCUGAUCGGUAAAGAUUGCCCCUUCCUUCUAAGAGACUUGCUUGCCUCUGAGGAACUUGCAGUUGUCUUUGGACUACCUGUAAUGAAUGUACUGAAGGUAUUCAUUGGAUCUCCAUAUGGUCUGAAUCUUCGUAAUGUUUUGUGGCAUGGGUUUGCAUCCCCACAAGAAAUUCCUGCAAAAUAUUGUGCUAUGCUGCUUUUUUUAACUGCAGGAUUGGGUCAGUUGUUACAGACAUAUCUUCUGAAAACUCAAUGCAUUUUAGUGCAUCGACCUUAUAUGAUCUUCGUUAGCUUAGAGGAGCUUGUUGUAUUUCCAGAUCUUAAUCAUGAAACACUUUCCUUAGCUGAAGAGCUAGUAGAACUGUCCAGUUUUGUUUUAAAAACAAUGUUACCAUUUUGGAUGGCCGCUUUAACAGCUUUCAAGCAGAGCAGAUAUGCUGACUGUGUGAUUCUCUUACUUCCUCAGCUGGAGGCUGGACUUAGAUUGCUCUUCACUACUACUAAUAAAUGUCCAAAUCGAUUGCUAACAGCUGAGCCUUCCGCUCUCUACACCACUUUUGAUGAGAUGCUAGCAAAGCAUUUGGAUAAUGAAGAAGUCAACCAACUUCCUGCAGUUCUUGAAGAACCUGCCAUGGAAUUUCUUUGGGAUUUCUUGAACCAUCAGGAGGGUCCACGUAUAAGAGAUCGUUUAAGCCAUGGAGAGAUCAAUCUAGAAGCAUUUCCCAGAGAAGUAGCUAAUCAGGUAGUUGCAUUUGCAAUUACUCUUCUCUGCAGAUUCUCAGAUGAGGACGUGUUUGCUUUUAAGGAACACACGGUCAUAAAACCACUGAUGAACUGUGCACAUUGCUACCGUUCUCGAUUUCAUCCAAUUUCCCGACUCAAGAAACAGGUGCUGGAAUGUAUAAAGAGCAUUCACUUAUGGCCUGAAUUGCCAACGGUGCCUGAGGACCAAGUUCCAACAAUUAAAGGGUUGGAAGGAAAUGCUGAAUCUAAUAAUUUAAUUUUGAUGAUAUAUGAAAUUAUAUCUCAAUUGCGGCAAUAUAUGCCCCAGAAUUGCUGUAGUUCAGAUGACCUAAUCAACAGUGUCCUGACGGAGAGACUGUUGAUUGAACUUUGUGAUAUGCGUAUGUGCACACUUUAUGCUCCGAGACCUGUUCUGGAAAUAGUUGCGGUACUCCGUAAAGUAACAACACAGUGCCAUCAAGUGUCUGAACAAGUUAUUGCCAGCGCUGAGUUGAGAUACAAGCAGUGGAUGAACAAGACUCUACGUUCUCGCCAGAGGCAUAACUAUCUGCGAAUGUUAAACAGCAUUAAAUUUUUGUCGCCGGUAUUGCGGCUCAUCUUGGUGUUGAUUACUCUGGAACUAGUCAACAUUCAUUUGGUUUGUAAGAAGACUCCUUUUGAUUAUCAGAAGUAUCUAAAGUUUUUGAAGUCAGUCUUGCAGUAUACUGAGAACUUGGUGACAUACACAAGCCUCGAGAAAAACAAGUGGGAGGAAACCAUGGAACUUGCAAACAAGGCUUUGAUGAAAAUCAGAAAAAUCCUUGACAGAAAGCUAACAUUAGUACAGCUAGCUACAUAAAUUAAGUAGUUUUAAGAUUAUUUGAGCAUCAUUAUAUCUUAAGAGUUCUGGUGUCCUCAAAUUUGACAAGUGUAAUUCAAAGACAAACUUAAUCACUUAUUGUCAAGUUUGGGCUGCAAAAGUUAGUCUUUUUCUUAGAAGGUGGCUGUUGAGACUGGAGGUGAGUAAUCAAGCUUCCAAACAAUGGACUGUUUACCAAAUCCAGUGAAAAAGAUUGACUAUGAGCUAAAUGAGGGUAAUGCAAGUUCAACUUGAAGUAUAUUAUGUGUUUUGUAGCUUGGUUCUUUUUUUUUUUGGUGGUUGUUUUCUGUUAUACUGAAGAUACAUAAGAAUGUAAAUAAAAACUCUGAAAAAUUUCACAUUCAAAAAUUAUUUUUUUACUUUGAAAUAUGCUGAAAAUAAUGUCAGGCACUGUGAUCAAUAGGUUGAGAAAUGAUGAACACUUGGCAUCAAGUAGCAUUCCUUGGUGGCUGUGGUGGUUGUUAUUAGUUCAAAAUAGUCAUGUCUCAUACUGAGGUAGAGCUGAUAACACAGUAUCCAGUUGUUUAUACACUGGGAAUUAAAGGAGGAAAGGCGGAAAAACUUUUGCAGAAUGUGUGUUUCUAUUUAAUUUCAUAUGCUCAUUCCCACUACCUGUUUAGUUAAGUUGUGAGUUAGUCUAAUGCACAUUAAAGAUAAACAUAUGCACGUGCUCACAGACACAUUUAUUGUGGUUCAAAAAUGUAUCCUCUUGUUGGACACAGCAUUCAUUUGAAUGAUUAAUUUUUUUCAAAAUAAAGUCUGCCCCUUUCUCAUCCUUAAGGAGCAUAAUUACAAAGGAGUGCAUCAGUUGAAAAACAUAUUCACAGAAGACCAUCAAUCUCUAUCUGUUUGCUUUUUCCUAUGGAGAGUAAAACCAGAGGAUAAUGUCUGGAGAAUGUUUGGCUCUACAGAGGAUUACAGAUUCAAUUUACAUUUUUAAUAAGAUUCUUUGCAAUGUUUCUUCACUGGAAAUCACAAUGAGAGAAUUACUAGUUCAGUUUAUUUGGCAUGGGGGAUGGAUAUAUGUAAACUAGGAUCAUAUUGCUUUAUUUAUGCUACUCUUUAUAUUGUGUGUGAAAUUUAACUAUAUCACUUUCCAAGGUGGAUUUGUUACCAUGGGACUAAAUGAUGUGAAGAAGUGUGAACUAGAUAAAAAAGACUAAAACUAGGAAAUUGAGAAUACUGAAUCAAAUCUAGUGCAUCUGCCACAGUCUGAAAUUUCAGCUUUUUGUAACAUCUGAGUUGACGACUCCUAAUUAUAUUUUUGAAGGCUUAUUUUUGUAGCCAUUGACUUUGUUCAGAAAUGUUAACUUCUGCUAAGUAUAGUUUGGUAGUGACAUUUAUGAUGAGACUGGCUUUGAUGGUGAAACAUAUUUUAAGCAGGUGAGAGAUAGCUAUUGUAAGGCAAAAAAUAUUUAAGCUUUAUGUAUUUAUUGUAGAAAAGAGAUCAAUAAAUUAAAACAUAGAAUCAUGGCUUAAAAGUACAUAAACAGCUGACACUUUCUCCUUUUGAAAGUAUGUUCAUGUACUGAAAGGAACCUUAUAGACCACAGAUGUAUAUUUUCAACAACAAAUUCUCCUUUUUUCUUCUGUACUUUAUUUUUGCUAAAAUGAUCAUGCAUGCUGUGCUCUUCAUAUGCUUUUACCUAAAACAGAGCACAUGACAGUUUCUCUUUUACAGCCUGGUGCUAUAGAUGUGGUUUAGUCCUUCAAAUCCUCAGUAAGAAACAUGGUGGACUUCUGGCAGUUUUGUUUGUUUCAUACCUCUGAAGUUCUCUGAUGGGAAUGCUGCUGCCAUCUAUUCUUAGACAAAUCUAGAACAGACUGGGACAAUCCAAUUUGUUCUGACCUGUUGCUGUCAUUUGCCAGUAGAGCUGCAUGCAGCCCUUGUGGUUUCUUCCUGCUCUUAAGAUUUGCAGAAUAGAGCUGCAGAAUAAACGUAUAUUCUACAAUGUACAUUAAAGAACGAAUGACAAGAGACAUGGCAAAGCUUUGUCCUUUAUCAGUUACUUGAAAUGAUUUCUCCACUUCAGUUAUUCAUCUUUGCCACCUAUUUGGAGCCCCUUUUGAGUUUUAAGAUGUUAGAAAGAAUCUUGACUCUGAACACUCUAUGUUCCUGAGAGCAAACAAAGCUUGGAAUAACCAAAGGUAUCCAGCAGGUGCAUGCAUGACUAAUGCUGACAACACACACCACAUUUAAAUACAAGUGUUCUGAUUUUUGUUGUCCUGAAGGGAAAUAGUUCUGGAGCUGAGCUGUCCAAAACUGCAUAGUCAUCCAUUAGACAUUUAUGUGUUUCUUCGGUCAUUUUUCAAAUUCUUUCAUUCUUGAAAUUUCAAGUAAUAAAAUUGCAACAAAAUGUUUUCUUGCAAGUGUGGUAUAUACAUCCAAGUAUUGUUUGUGCCUGUUUCAGUUUUUGACCUUGCUUCCCGAAGUCUGGAUUUUCCUGGAGGUAAUAUUCACCCAGUGAACCUAUGCAGACCUUUGAAAUAUUUUGUUUAGCUGGAUAAUGCUGAGGAGGGAGUGAUAGUUCUUCAGUCAGUUCUUCCGAGUUCAAUUAAUCAAUUUAUAUGUGUCUAUAUUAAUUAAUAAUAGCUGAGAAUUUGUUUCUAAUACUUCCUGGUCUUACAGGUUAAUGUUAGGCAUUCCAACUCAAAGAAUUUAUGGCAGAAAUUUUGGAAACUUCAAAGAAAAUCAGGUGUCCAUCUUUUUGGCUAAGUCAUUGGAAUUCCAUUGCAUCUUCUUGAAUAGCCCAUCUAAAUGAGAAAAGGAGCAUCUCUAAUCAUUUUAGAUUUUCAGUAGUGAGAUGUGGUUCCUCUGCCUGCCUUCCACCUCAAGAGGAGUUUUCAGGUGAAAGAUUGUAUUAAUGAGAAAUUGAAUGCUUUUAAUUCAAUGGAAUUGAAUUAAAUUGGAAGUUUUCAGGGAAGAGUAGACAUCCUUUGCUGCUUAUAGUAGAACUAGUGAAAAUUAAUUUCGUAGGAAGUCCUCUGAAUCCAUUGUCUGCAUCAUUAUAUGAAUGUCUUGUUGAUACGUGUAAACAUUUGAAGAAAACCAUCUCUGAAAGAAUUAUGAUGUUCUAUGAACUUUUGUGGGGUUUUGGUACUUGCUAGGGACUACCAAGAUAAACUAGAAUUUUACUAAGUUGGGCACUGCAUAAACACAAUGAAAUAUUGAUUAUUGUAGGUAUCUGUUUGUGGAAAAAAAGCUUGUCUGUUAUUUUCUCUCUGUCAUUGUAUAGUUAGUGCUCUCCAAAUGAUGUUAGAGAAUGUUACUA